AUGUUGCCAAUCUGCUGCCUUGAACUCCCUGGGUUUGCCAUCAAGAAACUCCAAGAUGCAGGCUUUGUGUAUGCUGAUGAUCUCUUACAGCAUGGCGAAGAUCUGGAUCCAGAAGUAGAGAAACUGUUCAAGUCACAUCCAGAAAUACAAGAUAAUCUCAAAAGUUGCAUGAAAAGCCCAAAAAAGAUUACUGCACUCACUCUUUUAGAGGAAGAAGAGAAGUGUGAGAAGAUCGUGACAUUCAGUUUGAGGCUGGACAAUCUUCUGGGAGGAGGAGUCCCUCUUGGCUCUAUACUAGAAGUCUGUGGUGCUCCCGGCAGUGGGAAAACUCAGUUGUGUCUACAGUUGUGUGUCAGUGUCCAGCUACAUCGCAGUCUUGGAGGUCUGGGAGGCGAAGCAGUCUAUAUAGACACAGACGCUGGGUUCUCACCAAACAGACUCUCAGAAAUCAGCAAGGAAUGCAAAGAACAUUGCUGUAAUAUUGGUAGACAAAAUAAGUUGUCUUCUGAACUACUGCAAACUUUAGAAAGUCAAUCUUUUGAGCAGUACCACUAUAUUUCAACACAAGAUCACUACCAACUAUUAGGAACUGUUCUCAGUCUAGACGAGUUUAUGAAGGAUCAUCCACAGGUGAAACUCAUAAUCAUUGACAGUCUUGCUUUUCCUUUCCUUCACCUGAGUGAUAUGCUGAAACGAACUGUCACAAUAUGUAAAAUGCUAAAACAUCUGGAAGAUCUUGCUCAACGCUACAAAUUGGCGGUUGUUGUUACAAACCACUUGACAACUCGCAUUUCCCGUGGAGAAGACCAGCUUGUACCAGCCCUCGGAGAAUGUCUUGGCCAUUUAGUAAACAACAGACUAAUUCUUGGUUUCUUGCCAUCAACAUCUCAAUUUGCUGGAGUCAUUUUCAAAAGCCCCAAUCUGCAGAACAGUUCCGCUGAAUUUAAGGUCACCCGAGGUGGCAUAAGAGACAUCUGAUCUGCUAAGGUUUUAUAAAUCAGUUCUAUUUUAACUCUAAAACAAAGGAAAAGUUUAAGUUUAAAAUAUUUAAAAAUUUUGCUGUGUUUAGGUUUUCCCAAAAUGUUAUAGAAUGAUGAAGUUGUCAAAGAAUAUAAACUUUUUUAUAAAUUUGUAA